UGAAACUACUGACCUUACGGGUUAGUGAGAUGUUUUUAAAUUUCCCCACCUAAUCGAACUUCUACUAGCGAUCAAUGCGCACGCGCGAUACACCAGCGUUAUCAACAUCCGGAUGGGUGAACUUGUUAAGAUCACAGUUUUGUUUUUUGCAAAGAGUCGUGAACUUGUUGGAAAUAAAUCAUCAGAAUUGGAAGUUAAAUCUGAUGUACGACCCACUGAUCUCUUACAAAGCAUUAUUUCAAAACACAACAGUCUACAAAUUUUGUCGGGGAGUCUGCUGUUGUCGAUAAAUGAGGACUAUGUAGAUAUCAAUAGUGAGGAGAUUGUUUCACUGAAGUCCGGCGAUACUGUUGCUGUCAUACCCCCAAUCAGUGGAGGAUAGAGAUGGACUCGGUUGAUGUAACAACAGAACCGAUCUCUGUGGACCACCUCACACAGCUAGUGUCUUCACCAAAAUGUGGGGCCAUAUCCAUGUUUCUUGGCACAACCAGGGACAACUUCCAAGGCAAGAAUGUCAUACAGCUGGAGUAUGAGGCAUAUGAACCAAUGGCCCGCAAAGAAAUGCAGAAAAUAUGUGCAGAAAUCCGGGAACAGUGGAGCGUCGAAAACAUUGCCAUUGUCCACAGAAUUGGGGUGGUACCAGUGAUGGAGGCGAGUGUUGCUAUCCUGGUGUCCUCUCCACAUCGAAGUGAAUCCCUGGCUGCUGUAGAGUAUGGCAUCAACAAACUCAAGGCCACUGUCCCCAUAUGGAAGAAGGAGCUGUAUGAUGAUGGAACUUGUUCCUGGAAACAGAACUCUGAAUGUUGUCAUGUGUCCAACAAACAUGCAAACACAUCCUGAAAAAUGAUGUUGGGUUAGGGUCAUAUGAUCUUAGGAAACAGUUGCUUCGAGAAAAACAAUACUAGUCCAUUGAAAUCAUGUAUAUAUGAUAUAUCAACAUGGUAAUCAGAAACCUUAUUAUUAUCAUAGAAUAGACUUGUUGGUGUUGAUUAUUUACUUAAGGUGAAGUCAUUUCUGGAUAUUUUAAAAUAACUGCGCUUUGGGAAAACAGGGCUUGAUGCAUGUUUAUGAAGUAAAGUCUCCGAUAAGCCUGUGCAAUCCAAACAGACUAAUAAUAGACAAGACUGUUGAAAGGGUGUCAUGGUCUUAAGAACAACCCUGUUUAGGUGGAAAGAGUUAUCCCUGAUUAGCCUGAGUGGUCUGCCCAGGCUAAUCUGUAAUGAUAGUUUAAGCAUAUGAGUCGUGUUCUGAGAAAAACUGGGCAUAAUGCAUGUGCGUAAAGUGUCGUCCCAGAUUAGACUGUGCAAUCCGCAUAGACUAAUCAGGGACGACACUUUCCGCUUUUAUGACAUUUUUCGUUUAAAUGAAGUCUCUUAGCAAAAAUCCAAUUUAGGCGCAAAGUGUUGUCCCUGAUUAGCCUGUGCGAACUGCACAGGCUAAUCUGGGACGACACUUUACGCAAAUGCAUUAAGCCCAGUUUUCUCAGAAUGCGACUCAUAAUGUCCUGUUUUCCCAGAGCAAGGCUCACAUAUAUUGCAUUUAGUGUGAAAUGUUUUUUAUUCUGCGAAAAACAUCUAUGUUCUUUUCUAUUUAAUUUCAAAUACAAUCAGUACCUCAUUUUCCCCCGAGUUAUGUUGUUCAGAGUAUAUUUGUUGAAAGAGUUAUUGUAUUUUAAAAUUAAAUGUAAUUCUACAUAUUAAUGACGGUACUUAUGCAAUAUGUUAAGUCUUUUUUGCUGCUGUGAAGUUGAUAACUUGUGAUGUUGAAUAUGAUUCAUUAUUUUGUAUCCAUGUUUUCAUAUACUGGUAAAUUGUUCCUAAAUAUCUGUAUAUUUGUAUUCAUAAAACCAUUCGGCUGUUGAAAUACUUAAUGGUGAGAUAAAUAUUUCAAAACAAUAUUAUACUAAUGUUACUUUUAAUUUUUCUUCAUUGAUUUUCUGUUUUGUUUUUUUUAGUUGAUUAACAUAGCUUUUAUAUUCUACAACUUAUGUUCUAAUUUCACUGUCCAAUUACUACGUUUUUUAGCUCAACUUAUAUAUAUUAAACAUAUAGUGGAGCUAUCCUACUCACCCUGGCAUCGGCGUUAGCGUGAGUGUUAGCGUGAGCGUUUGAAUGUUAAAGUUUGCUUACCACCUUAAAUAUUUUCUAUUUCCCUUGACAUAUUGCUUUUAUAUUUUGCAUACUUCUUUACCAACAUGACCACAAUCUAAACAUGGUAAAAAAAACCCAAAUAUUUAUUUAUUUUAUUUUUGAAGGAAGUACUAUCCCACACAAGCUAUUGCUAUUAAACUUUAAAUAAAAUCUUAUUAGCUUGUUUUAUGUCUUUACAAAUGUUCAAUAGAUUUUGGAAAAUAUACCUGAACUCAGAAUCGUUUAAAAAGUACAACUUCUUUAAAACAUAAGCGUUCAAUAUGCUUCAAUUAUGGUCCUCUUCCAGUUAGAAUAUGACUAUAUUACCUUGACCUUAUUGAAUAUGAACAAUUUCUUCAUGAUGGCUUACGUUAUACUGUCAAGCACUUGAAUAGUAGAGCGUGCUGUCUUUUGACAGCUCUUGUUCUAUUUCUUUUGCCUUAUGACCAAUCUUAUUAUAUUUCUGAACAUGCCCUUUACACAUAUUUUAUGCUGUUUUAUCUUUCAUGAGUUAUGACUGUGUUCUUAGAGUCCAGUCCACAACAUAUCAUUCAAAUUUUCAGUUCAAUGACCUUGGUCUUACGUUUCCAGUCCAAUGACACAAGGUCUAAGUUUCCUGUCAAAUGGCACAAGGUCUUAAGUUUCCUGUCAAAUGACACAAGGUCUUAAGUUUCCUGUCCUAUGACACAAGGUCUUAAGUCUCCAGUCCAAUUACAUAACAUAUUUAGCACCUGAAUUACUCCCACUCCCACCUCAACCACCCUUUGUCCAAGAUUGUUGUCACCUUUCAACAUUUGACAAAUUUAAGAUGUUAUUCAUAGGUCAUGUUGGCAUAAUUGAUCCAGCAUGGAAGGAAUUUCAAAGAAUACAAACGCUAUCUAUGGCAAACUGGUGUGUUGUUUGCUAGAACUUGACCCUGUGUCUUUGCAGGGUGUGUUUUCUACAUCAUUUAAAAUAUAAAAUGCAACUAAUUACUGUAUUUAAGUAAGAUAUUUUAAUACAUUUAAACUUUAUAGAUACUUGUUAAAGACCUUGCUCCAUCCAGUAUAUAAGCCAACAUGCUAAGCCCUCCCGGACACUUGACAUCGUACUAUUUUAUCAACAUAAGGCUUUAUAUUUGAUGUCUUUUAAGAAAUACAAGUGCCAAAUUUAUUUAAGUGCGAAGCAAUUCAUAUCAUUAUAUAACGAAAUUCA